GCAGUUCUUCCUGGCAGGAAUGAGCGGCGGCGCGGCGGCGGCGGGUAAACGAAGACAAGCACAUCUAGGGAAAAUCAAACUUUUAAGUUGUGUUUAGCGUUGUGACAACCAUGGACGUCGCGCUUGCAUUGAAAGGUCUUCAAUUUAAAAUAAAAGGAGUUCCUCAAUCAACUUUAAAUAAAGAUAUCACGGACAGGCCUGAUGAAUUGUUUCAAACAUUAGGCAUUGCUGCGAAAUGGAGUGUGAACGCCACGAAAGAUUCUAUACUAUUUGAUCCAUGUCUGAGAAAAUUGGUGAAUGAAUCAUGCGGGACAUUUCUCAGCGGUCAGAAAUUAUCUCAAUCUUUAGGUAGUGGUGGUGACCAUGCACCAGAUCUACUGAAACUCAGCCGUCGUUACAGAUCCAUCAUUAGAGUGUGCAGAAACAAUUUGUAUGAAAUUAUUGAGAGUUCUCAACAAGACUUAGGAAAGCUGAACAGCUAUUAUUUUGCUAACGUUCUUGAUAAAAUUGAACUGAUUUGGCACCUGUGUGAAAUAUUAUAUGUUGAUGUGGUGCCAGGUGAUAUUGUUUUACCUCAGUUAUUGGAGUGGAUUCGGUUCCACUUCCCUGAAGGUGAAAGAAAAGCAGCUACAAUAUUGGAGACUGGUGCUGACCGUGUAGAAGCUGGCUUUGAGACCGCUGGCUCUGAAAAAGACCCAGAAUAUUGGAAAACCGUCAUUGGAGUACUUUUACAAGGAAGAAUUGAUGUCACGAGAGCUCUGCUUGUUCUCCAUUCAGAUGCAAAGACCACCCCGUUUCAGCAUGCUGACGUUUGUUUGCGCACAAUGCCUUUGUACAAUAUUUAUGGUGGCACUUCAGUCACAGUAUUUAAUGCUCAGUGGACACGGUGGCAGGCUGAUGUUCGUUCCAAGAUUGAGGAGGGAGUGUUUGAAAGCAAUCUGGACCUUGAGUUAAUCAUGAAGAUUAUUGCUGGUGACGUGACUGUGAUGGACACCAUUCGAAAUCACUGCAAUGUUUGGUACCAGCUUAUGACAGCAACACUCUUCUUUUCUGAACCCACUGUCAAAUCAUUUGAUCUGAGUUACCAUGCUGAUCAUGCCAUGAGAGCAUUUGGAAGCAACAAUGAUAUUCAGGAUCUAGACAAAUUAAUAUUGCUGCUUCUUGAAUCAAAUCUACUAGAAGUAAUCCAAGAACUACAGAAAACAGCAGAUAAUGGGUGGUUUGCCGUCCAUUUGACUAAUCUUCUAUACUUAUGUGGCCGCCUGAAUAUUUUUGAUAGCAACAAAGUGAAUGUUGCUCAUCAACUUCAUGAGCAUGUUUUGUUAGACUAUGGAACUAUGCUCAUGUCUCACCAUUCACUUUGGCAAGUUGGUGUAAGCUAUCUAGAUCAUUGCCCACCUCAUGGCUUAGAACGCCUAGAAAUUCUUCUUCCUGCCAUACCUUUAACAUCAGAGGCUCGGGCUUUUAAAAUAAUGCAGAUGGCACAUGAGAGACGAUUGGAUUCUGUUGUAACAACUAUAUGUAAAGUUAUGGCUUCCAAAUCUCUUCGCCAAGACAGGCUUGGCAAUGCUCUUGCCUGGGCUUUGAGAUCUACAGAUGCCAACUUGACAAAUCAUUUAGCUGAUAGAUUCCUUGAGGGUUUUGCUGACAAGGGUGAAUUUGAAGCUACUGAUCUCCUUGAUAACCUUGGUUCUUGCAUGCUUGUUAGUGAUCGUUUAACUUUCCUAGGAAAAUAUUGUGAGUUUCAUCAGCUCUAUAAAUCAAACAAUCUAAAAGCUGCUGCAUCACUUAUUGUCUCACUUUUGAGUUCUCAUCUACCUCCCAAAAAUUUCCAGCUCAUUUUGCUCACACAAUGCAUACCUUUGUUGGAAUGCAGAGAACUAAUAUUUUCAGCAAAUGACACUGAUAUUCUUCUCUCAUGUUUAGAGACAUUAGAAACAGAACUUCUAACUCAGGUUGAUUCCUGCAGUGUUUCAAAAUCUCUUGAUGCUGCCACAAAAGAGAAGAUUCAACUCAUACGCUUUUCUCUGGCUCGCAACCUGUCCAGGGCAAUCAUUAUUGAGGGCAGCGACAUACCCAACACAAACUCAAGGAUGGUGAAUGUAUCGUAACUGCUCUAUAAAACACUCAUUUUAUUUCAAAUUCAUUUUUUUUUUUACCUUCAAUGUGAUUGUAGAUUAAUACCGAUAUCGGAUGGGUUCCAUUUUAAAAUGAACUGUCAUGUGACUGUACAUGUACCCUAUAAAAGUAUGUCUGAAAAUCGAA